AUGCCAUUUUUGCUAAAUGUUGUCAAUCCAAAAACAAAAGAGCCAAACAUCUUUUAAUUAAAAAUUAAAGGUAAAUUAAUACUCUUAUAUAUAUAAAUUCUGUUGAUACAAAAUAUAUUUUAAGGUCUAAUACUUUUUAAUUGAUGAUUUAGAAUUCUCAUAAUAUUUAUAUGGAUAUUAAAUAAAUUUUAUGAUAAUUGAAGUAAUCAUCAUAAAAUCAGUUGGGGAAAAGAUUGAUAAAUAUUGCAUAAUUAAAUUUAAUGUAAAAGAAUUUAUUAAUCAAAAAGAUUAAUAAAGUAAAAUUGAUAAUACUUUUGUAGUAUUUUAGUUAUUAUAUUUAAAAAAUAUUAUUAUGUUUAUAUUAAUGAAAAAAGCAGAUCCAUUAAUUAUUUCAACAUUUCAUUAUAAUGCAUUAUACAUUUUUUCAUAUUAGAGGUCACAUUGA